AUGUAUUGGAUUCAAUGUAUUGAAAAUGGACCAAGCCGAGUGAAUCAUGCUGCUGGUGCAUUAGAUAAUUAUAUUUAUUCAUUUGGUGGUUAUUCUCACAAAGAAGAUUAUACACAAGUUACUCCAAUUGAUAUUCAUAUUUUUAAUAUUCAUACAUUAAAAUGGUAUUUAUUAUCAAAACCUCAACGAAAUGAUUCACAAUAUAAUGUAACACCUUUUUCAAGAUAUGGACAUACAAUUGUUAUAUAUAAACGAAAAUUUUAUUUAUGGGGUGGACGUAAUGAUCAUCCUGUUGCUUGCAAUCGUCUAUUUUGUUUUGAUCCUAGAUCUCGUCAAUGGUCUAUUGUAUCAAUUGUUGGUGAUUUUGUUCCAACACCACGUGAUGGUCAUUCUGCAUGUGUUAUUAAUGAUCGAAUGUAUAUAUUUGGUGGAUUUGAAGAUCAUAGUCAACAAUUUUCUAAUGAUCUUUUUUAUUUUGAUUUUAAUAAAUCAUCUUGGCAUUAUCGUCAUCCAAAGAUAGGUGAUGUUAUACCUCAACAGCGUGAUUUUCAUUCAGCUACAAAUUUAGAUGGUCAAAUGUAUGUAUUUGGUGGACGAUUUGAUCAUAUUGGACCUCAACAAACAACACAAAAUAUAUAUGAUGAUCGUCUUUAUUCUUUUAAUCCUGAAUAUAAUUCAUGGUCAUUAAUAACAGCAAAAGGAGAAAUUCCAUGUGGAAGAAGAUCACAUUCUGCUUUUGUUCAUGAUGGAAAAUUGUACAUAUUUGGUGGUUAUAAUAAUGUAAUUGGUUCACAUUUUAAUGAUUUAUAUGAAUUUAAUCCAUUAACAUUAGAAUGGCAUCAUAUUAAACCUCAUGGUAUUGCAAAUCCAGUACCAAGACGACGACAAUGUUGUCUUGUUAUUAAUGAUAGAAUGUAUAUGUUUGGUGGAACAAGUCCAAUAUCAACAUCAACAUAUAUAAAUCAUUUCAAUGAAAUACAAAAUACAGAAGUUCUUCGAACAACACUUUAUGAUCAAAGUGAUCUUUAUGUAUUGGAUAUUGCUCCAACAUUAAAAACCUUAUGUUUAUUUUUUCUUGCAAAAGGACGAAUUAAUAUAAAUAUUCUUCCAGAAAAAUUUCAUCAAGAAUAUCAAUUAUUUGCAAAAUCAACUUUAAUUCGACAACGUUCAUCAGGAGAAACCAGUGGAUAA